CUGUUCGAAUUUCAAAUUCUCUCUCAUCCAUUCAAUUUCCAUUUCCACUUCUCUAAAUUCUCAUACGCGAAUGAAAAGCUUGUGAGUAAUUUGUGGCGGCGUUUAGGGUUUUUUAUUGCUCGGUUACAAUCGGAUAGCUUCGCUAUGGUGUGGUCUUGGCCAGUUGUCGAAGGACGCGAUAACUGCCUACCUCUCGUAUCCGCUUUCAAGUUUCUCUCCGCGGCAGUGCUCUCGGCGGCGAUGGGCUGUUUCUUCAGCUGUUUUCGUCUAGGCGGCGGCGGCGAUCCUCCUACUACGCCUGAUCGCUCUCGCUAUCAACUCGUCUCUCAGCCUGAAGCUGCAGUACCAUGCAAUUGGUGUAAUUUGUCUUCAUUAUUUAUUUCUGAUGAGAAAGAAGAUCAAUACGGUUUGGAGGCCAAGGGAGUGGAGAAACAGGACAUUGGAACUCCUGAGCUUGAGUUGAAUGUGACAGAGCUCAGGAACCAGGCCAAAUUCCUCAAAGCUUGUGGAACCUUACAAGAAGCCCCUUCUGAAAUUCAAAAACUCUCAAAGGAAUGUGAAGAUUCAUCAGCUCUGAAGGUUGUAUCUCCAAAUUCUGGCUCUUGGCUCCCUAACUCAUCUAUUGAGAAUCAAAACCUGGUUGAAAAGCCUGAUCAACCUCUGACACCUCCCAAAAAUUGUAAAGAAGUAAUGGAGGGUUCAGAUUCUUCUGUCGUUACUCCUAGCAGCUAUAUGGAAAAUGGAGAAAAGAGUAUUGGCUCCAGAAAUGGCAGUGUGUCUAGGAACACUCCAUCCAUUGGGAUCAAUGCCAAUAAGGCUCAUGGUGAUACUGUUUCAUCAGUUUCACCUGCAAUUCUUCCGAGUUCUACACACAUAAAUAAAUCUGUUCGUUUUGAGUUAGAGUCAUAUCCUACAACGUCGGCGGCGAAGACAUUUUCAUCCAGAUUUGCUAGUCUGAAAUCCCAGCAUUCACCCUACCCAACCCCAUUGAAACUAACCAAUGAGAUGCAAACACCUGGCACUGUUUUCCCAUCAUAUGUAAAUAAUAACGUGGCAAAUGGAAAACAUCCUCGAGUCAGGUAUCAGUAUGUGGUUUCUACCUCAAACCGUGAGUUGAAGGAAUUGAUGGAUGAAGAUUCUACUUCCAUUCAAGACUCUACUUCUAUCCUCUUGCCCAGUGAUAUGGGGAAAUCUCUUGAACAUCCUAAUGAAACAAACCUUAACUCAGAGAUGGUACUGAGAGAAACCGUGGCCAAUAAGGAAUUGGAGUUGGAAGCAAGUUUGUCUUCCUCGCUGAAUCCAUCUCUCAACCAAGUAGAUAGUAAUCUACAUUUUGUUGAAAGUGUUCAUUCCGGUAGAACUCCAGGUGACAGGCCUAUCCUUGGGAUGGUUGCUGCUCACUGGCAUGAUCACGAUACUUCUCAUAUCUCGCCUAAAUGGUGGAAUGGAAACGGAAUUCCAAAUACCACUACUAAGUACAAAGAGGAUCAAAAAGUUAGUUGGCAUGCAACACCAUUUGUGGAGAGAUUGGAGAAGGCUUUGUCUGAUGAAACGUUUGUCUCACAGAGGAAGCAAAUCAGUUGUCCAGCGCCAAUCAGUUUUAACGAAAAUGAAGGCUCAUUUGCUCUAUGACCUCGGAAGCUACUCCAUCUAUACAUUUCAAGUCACUAUGUUAAAUUGUUUGAUGAUACAUUCUCUGAUAAUAGAUUUCUCAUUUUCCUUUUAAAAAUAUCUUCAAUUCUUUCAUGAUUCUUAUACAUAUUAGGACUCAUAAUUCUGUUCGCAGUGUAAUAAUGUAAAUUUUUUGCACAG